AUUUCCAAGGAAUCCUCGAACCUCUCCCUUUGCAGAGCCCACUGCUCAGGCUUUGUCCAGCGGGGUAAGAGAAGGGGAAGCUCGGGCCGUUCUGGGACGAAUGUGGGAGAACCGCGUGUCUCCUCCCAGGGCUGGACUGGGGCCAGCAUCCCUGUUCUCAGCCUGCCGUGCUGCACGGAGAGGGAGCGGGGUGCACACAGGAUCCCAUCCAGGGGCUCGGAGCCCCUGGAUCCCCAUCCUGCUGCGGCCCCCGGGCGCACCAUGGUGGAAGUGACAGUGACACCGCAGUCCUCGCUGGCUGACCGGCCGGUGCAGAUCCGGGUGCGGGGACUGUCCCCAUCCCAACUCGUCACCCUCCGGGCAUGGCUGAAGGACGAGCAGGGCGAGUGCUUCCAAUCCCGCGCCUUUUUCCGCGCUGACGGAGCGGGAGAGGUGGAUCCUGGGCUCCAUGCCGCCCUGGGGGGCAGCUACACUGGGGUCUGGCCCAUGGGGCUCCUCUGGUUCCUGCAGCCCGACACCCUUUUCCGACGGCUGGUCAAGCGGGAUGUGGCCGGCAGCCCCUUCCGUGUCCGGCUGGAAGUGUUCGAUGGGAUCUGCCUGGGCAUGGAUCCCCGGGAGCAGCCCCUGGGAUCCUGCGAGGCCGAGCGCUGGUACGUGGGCCCCGGAGUGCAGAGGGUGCCCAUCCGCGAGGGAAGGGUCCGUGGAGCCCUAUUCCUGCCUCCUGGUCCAGGCCCCUUUCCUGGGGUCAUUGACCUGUUUGGGGGCGCGGGGGGGCUGAUCGAGUUCCGGGCAGGGCUCUUGGCCAGCCGAGGCUUUGCCGUGCUGGCCCUCGCCUUCUUCGCCUAUGACGACCUGCCCCGAGUUCUGGCCCAGCUGGACCUGGAAUAUUUUGAGGAAGCGGCAGAGCUGCUCCUCCGUCAUCCCAAGGUCCGAGGCCCCGGCCUGGGCGUGGUGGGCGUCUCCAAAGGUGCGGAGGUGGCCUUGGCCAUGGCCAGCCUCCUGCCACAGGUGGUGGCCACAGUGUGGAUCAACGGCACGGCCUUCCUGCACGGAAACCCGCUGGUCUAUAAGGAGCUCCGCAUCCCUCCCAUUCCCUACUACACCGAGCGCAUCCAGUUCACCGAGCUGGGGGCCAUAGACAACUCGGCCAUCUUCGCCGACCCCCGGGAUCCCGCCUACCGCGCCUCCGCCAUCCCGGUGGAGAAGAUCCGGGGCAAGGUGCUGUUUGUGGUGGGAGAGGCCGACCGGAGCUUCAACAGCAAGCUCUUUGCUGAGCUGGCGCUGGCGCGGAUGCCUCCGGAGAGCGGCCGGAUCCUGUCCUAUCCCGGCGCCGGGCACCUGAUCGAGCCCCCCGGAUCGCCCCUGUGCAGCAACUCCAGCAUCCGAGGCACUCCCAGGCCAGUGGCAUGGGGGGGAGAGCCCCAGCCCCAUGCCCGGGCCCAGGAGGAGUCUUGGCAGGAGAUCCUGCAGUUCUUGGAGCUCCAUCUGGGGUCGGUUGCUACCAUGAAGCUGUGAGGGGUGGAGAAAAGGGGUUGGAGUCACCGGGAUUGUCACUGCAGGGAAUAAAGUGUCACUGGCAGCUCC